AUGAAUUUUGAGCCUCUUGGGACUGAAGACCUCUUGAUAGCGACCAGCCAGGAUGCUGCGCGCCAGCUGUACCACAGCGCCAUUGAAAUGCUCCCAAGGUGCCACCAUCCUUCGACUAGGUCUUGCACAGCUUCAGACACUGCGAGCGACGCACUUUACCUGGCGAAAACCCUUUUGCACAAUGGAGACAGGUCCAACGUCAUUCUCGACAAGAUUCUUGACACGGCCGACCGACAAAAUAUUCCAGCCUUCGAUUUGAUGAUGAGCUUGAUAGCCAGGUGGUAUCUGUGCACUUUGCCUGCUCUCGCCCGCGCAAGACGAGCCAGAGCCACUGAUCUCCGUGAGUUUCUUGAGGGACAACCUGAUGAUGAGCCCGCCAAUUCCCGCAUCAUGACUCUGGGCCUCUGGUCCCUUCUCUUUUGCUCAAAGGCUUGGACGGAGAGAUCAAGACUCUGUGAUGGACAAAGCUUCGUCGCUGAAGGGGCAGUUGCUCUGAUCCAUUUGGUCUACGUCACGCAGUGGGAGUUGGUUGCGGGCGAGUCGAUGAUGUCACGCUCAAUAUCGUGGAUGAGAGGACAUCAACUAAAGCAUAAUAAAUAGACUUAAUAAUUGAGAUCAUGAAAGAGA